AUGGUAAGAGUUGUGUUUUCUCUCUCUCUCUUGGCUCUCAGUGGUGCCAGCUUCGUGAAGUUGCUGCAGAAUUUAGGGCCGGAGAACACGUGUACACUGCUGCUGGCCGUCCUGACAGAACACAAGCUGCUGCUGCAUUCUCUGCGACCGGACGUGUUGACGUCUGUCAGUGAGGCACUGGUGUCGAUGACGUUUCCUCUGCGCUGGCCCUGCCCGUACAUCCCCCUGUGCCCGCUGCGCAUGGCAGACGUGCUCUGUGCCCCCAUGCCCUUCAUCGUGGGCGUUCACUCCAGUUACUUUGACCUGUACGACCCCCCGUCUGAUGUGGUGUGCGUGGAUCUCGACACGAACACCAUUUUCCAGUGUGAAGAGAAGAAGCCGCUCACCUGGAGAUCUCUGCCCAGAAAACACGGCAAAACUCUGCUGACAUCACUGAGCAACCUUCACAAGACCCUGGAGAGCAUCUAUACUCCGGGUCAGGAGGAGGCCACGCUGGAGUUCUUGUUGACGGAUUAUGAUCUGAUUUACGGCCGUCAGAAGCAGCUGGAGCUGGAGAUUCAGGAAGCGUUUCUGCGUUUCAUGAGCUGUUUGUUGAGAGGAUACAGAUCUUAUCUUCUGCCAAUCACACAGGCGCCAUCAGACAGAACCACAGACUGCAGUUCACUCUUUAAUCUGCAGGGUUUUCUGAAGUCUCGUGAGCGCACGCAGCUGAAGUUUUACACACAGCUCACAAAGACUCAGGUGUUCACUCAGUUUGUAGAAGAAUGUUCAUUCGUCAGCGACAGACACACCUGCCUCGAGUUCUUCGAUGAGUGUGUACAGAAGGUUGAUGUGGAGAAGCCUGAGUUGGUGAGGUUGAUAGAUCUGGAUGAAUCUCACAGCGGUGAACACACAGUGUUUAUAAUGCCUCCAGAAGAACCACAGGAAGCCGACGGCUCCGAGUGUCCGGCACAUUACAGCUAUGACACGUUCCCUAUCCUCCGGUCGGAUUUGUUUGAUCGUCCUCAAGAUCAGCUGCGGACACCGGCUAAAGGCAGCGCUCCCAGUAGCCCCGCCCCCCGCCGCACCAAACAGGAAAUAAAGCUGGCACAGCAGAAGGCUCAGAAAUAUUCGGCGGUUCCGGACAUGUGGUCCAAAUGUCUGCUGGGUCACUGCUACGGUCUGUGGUUCAUCUACCUGCCCACGUUUGUUAAAGCUGAGAGCACUAAAGUCAGAGCGCUGCACACGGCCUAUGAGGUCCUCAAACACAUGGAGACACGCAGGGUGGUGCUGCCGGAUGAAGUGUGUUACCGUAUUCUCAUGCAGUUGUGUGGUCAGUACGGACAGCCCGUCCUCGCCGUCAGAGUUCUGUUAGAGAUGAAGAAAGCAGGAAUCACUCCCAACACCAUCACGUACGGAUACUACAAUAAAGCAGUUUUGGAGAGCAAGUGGCCCUCCACCAAUCAGGGCAGUCGUCUCCGCUGGGCGAAGCUCCGUAACGUUAUAUUGGCUGUUGCUCACUUCCGGCAGCCAAUCAAAGAGCAGCAGAGGAACACGUCUUUCUGUACCCGGACAGCAGAAACGCUGUCAAAGCCCCGCCCCUACUCUGCUCUGAUUCGCCAGUCCAGCUGGAGCGGUUUGAGUGAAAGCUCAAGCCACGAAUCACUGACGAGUCUCACGAAGAGUAACAGUGUGAGCAGCAUGCAGACGUCGGUCAGCAAAAACAAACUCUGUAAGAAAACCGAACCUCAGGCCGUCGGCGCUGAUGGCCCCGCCUCCCGCAAACCUCCCGCCGGUCGCCAUGACAUCGCCCCGCCCCUGCUGAUCCCCCCCGCGCCCGCUCUGGUGCGGCGCAGCGACGUCUGUCUGUCGACAUUCUACAAAGACUGCGCAGAGACGACAGACGCAGACUGCAGAUGUCAGACGGCCGACAGGGACGGCAGGUCGGUGGAAGUGAGGGAAACUCUCAACAGACGCUCGGUGGAUGAAAACUACAACAACGUUUCUUCUCCGAGCCGCAGACUGGCUGGGAAACUGCAGCAGCUCCUCACACCCACACGGAACCGAGCGUCAGUGAGACGGGCCGCCAGCGUGGACGACAGGCGGCCGGGAGUGAGCGGGACAUCCCGCCGGACUUUAGAGCAGAAGCCAUCACGGAAAAUCCACAUGCCUGAGAGUCUGCUGAAGGCCAAAGAACGUCUUUAUAACGCCACGUCUGAGAGCUCGCUGUCUGUCAGCAGUGAUGUCGACAUGACUGACAUUCAGACGCUGGCCGUUCCUCUCAGGAAGUCAUGGGAUUCUGCACAGGAAGCGGCGGGCAUUGAGGUUUUGAUGUCGAGCUGUUCACUGUGUCGCGGCUGUAACUCUCUGGUUUAUGAUGAAGAGAUUAUGGCCGGCUGGUCGUCUGAUGACUCCAAUCUCAACAGCACGUGUCCUUUCUGCUCGGCAUCCUUUGUUCCGCUGCUGAACGCAGAAGUCUGUGACGUGGGUCCCGUCUGCAGUGUGGAGCGCAUUCUUCUGAAUGUGGAGGGUGAGGCGGAGAACGCCGCGAGACCACCUGCUGGACGGGAGGACGCACAGCAGCACGUGUGUAACGGCGUCAGAGAGGCGGAGUCCAGCUCAGACAGCAGCAGCCAAUCAGAGAGCAGCAGCUCCACCCGGGUGUCAUCGGUGGGCGGAGCUCCGCAGGUGACCGUGGCGUAUCUGAGUCCUCUGGUGUUGCGUAAGGAGACGGAGAGUCUGCUGGAGAAUGAAGGAGAGGCUGUUCUCUCUCAGGUCCAGCUGCUGGACAGUCAUCCCAUACUCUUCUGGAAUCUAGUGUGGUACUUCACUCGCCUCGGCCUCCCCAGUAACCUACCACAACUCCUGAGAGAGUCACCGCUGACCGCACACUGCACACAGGUUUCAGUGGGCAGUGGAGUGCGUGUGAGGUUGUUGUGGGACAUGUUGACCCCUGACCCCGAGCAGUGGCCUCCUCUCUAUAUCAUCUGGAGAAUACACAGUGGCGCUGCCAUGCGCACUUACAGCUGGCGGCAUCAUAACCAUCCCUUCACUCUGAGGUUCCUGGAGGAAGUGCUGCGCUGGGUCGGCAUGAACGAGGUACACAAGGCCAUCACGCUCUUCCUGGAUACUGUUGCUACGCAACCAGGCACUCCCAGGAUACAGAGGAGUUUGUACAGAGAGAUGUUGUUCCUCACAGUGGCUGCGAUGGGCAAAGAUCACGUGGCUGCGUUUGAUAAGCGUUAUAAAGCUGCUUACUUGCGCUUGAGCGGUUCUUUGGGUCGAGAUGAGCUCAGGAGGAAGAGGGUUCAGCCUCCGAGUACCAAAGCUGUGGACUGCAGACGGUGUUUUCUGCUGCCGCUGGAGUGUUGAAGAGCGUCUCCUCCUGUCUGUCUGUCUGCUCAUCCUGCUCCUGGACAUACCUACAGACGCUCUGCUGUGCAUUAUGGGAACACGUGACCUCCGCUGAACUCCAAAACUGCUUCUGUAUCCCACAAUGCCGAGCAACUGACACACCCGGCCCACGCCUCAGACACACAAGACAACGAUGGCAGGAAAUAAAAUCACUGCGGACUGAACGACGGUUUUUAUUUCUCUUCAAGUUCAUUUGACUGGUGUUGUGUAUGUUUAGUGAUGGAUUUCAUUUCACUGUGUCUUAAACAGAUCAUCGGACUCCAUGCUUGUCGUUUCAUUGGUUGUUUUCUUUCUGUUACUACAGUGUAGCUCUUAAAUGUGAUUGGUCUAAACAUCUCUCUUCACAUGACUGUGUAAUAAAACGCGAGUCAAAUGUUUUCACAAUGACUUCUCACGUCACAUCAGUAUCUUAAAUUCUCAACACAUUUGUGUGUUUGUUUAUUUCUCAGUUGUUGUAAACACACACUUUUAUGUGAGGUUUUAAAUGCGGAGGAGAUCGUGUCUCGUCUGUAAAGAUGAUGAUGAGAACUUUAUUCCUCCGGUUCUGCUGUGAAAUGAAGAUACCUGUGGCUGUAGUGUGCACUACUGAGGGUAUACCCCCAGAACUCCCCUCGAGUCAACAGAAAUCAAUGAGAUUGACUGUUCAGGACUGUCGGGACGUUCUUUUCAUGACCCCAAAUGAUCGUUUCAUUCUUGUAAUUCAAUGUCACAACAGAAUUUAUUUUACGCUGUUUAUUUUCAUGACUGUAUCACACUCAUUUCUGUGUUAGGAAGGGAAAUGUGCUUAAAGCACAGGAGAAUCAUCAUCACAAUGUUUUAAUGCUGAUCAUAGUUUUACUUUAAGAGAAAUACAUUGGUCAUUUUGUUGGGACAGUAGGAAGGAACGUGUUCAUCAAUGCUCUGUGUCGAGUUGACCUCACGUCAUAUGAAGAGUUUGGUUCCAAAGUGAGAUAACAACGUUUUUUUAAUUAGUCAAAAAUCAUGUUUUUUUAUUGUGCAUUCCAAUUAAUAUCAAUCAAACUACAGGUGGUUUGCUUUUAUUUAAGCCAUAAUAACUCAAAAAAAUACAGCUAACCAACACAAUAAAAACAUGAUAACAUAUUAAAAGUUUUUUGAAACAGAGUUAUCUCAUUUUUGAACCAAACUCUUCAUAUAGACAUCAGAGAGAUGUAAGACACCCGAGCGCUCGGCUCUGGUUUUGUCAAAAGUUAAACUGAUAAUAGGAUUCAUCAUUUAGUCUUCAUUUUAUUGAUGGGACAUUUGAAACAGAACUGUUUUUAAUGACAUUACAGGAGAUGAUGUGAGAGGAAGAUAGUUUUCACUGCAAUAAACAGAAUUCAGUGCAGCAUGUCAUGAGAGAAGUUUUAGAUUUGAAAGAUUCAGGUGAACAGAUAGAUUAUAAAGCUCCAUUUAAGUUCUAACGCGUUUGUUGUGGUAAUUUAUAUUGAUGUGAGUGAAUGUUGUUGUGGUUGUUGUUUUUUU